AUGCGCCCUACGAUCCUCCCAUCGAUGUGGAUCUCGUCAAAAGAUAUAGUCUUGAGCCACAAGUCCUUGAGCAUCUCCACGUACUCCCUCCCGUACGUUGAACGCUAUCGCAAUGAAGAUGAGUUUAAUCUCGGUGGGAGUUUUGCCGACAUAAGGAAUCCGGAGGCUUUGGCACAGAGUCGAGCUCCGGGAUAUUGUUCUCUCGAUGAAGGGUUUGAUGAUGAGAAUGGAGAAUACAUGAGGUCGUGGGAGCUUUGCAUCAAUGAAUGA